CUAGAGGGCGGAUUGACAUCCAGCCUGGAAGUUACCGUUGAGAACGCUCUUGAUGCUGCUAGACUUUUCUCGAACUUUCGGAAACGCUUAAAAAAGGGAGGCCCUGGGUCCCGAAGCGUCAGUUUCAGAGCUGCUGCUUGACGGAAUAACAUCAUAGUACACGACUGCGACGUUCAUCUAGAGGAUUAACGCCGUGUUCGGACGAUCUGUGCCCUUUAUUAAACUUCUGGUGGACUUUGCCAAUUUUUUUUAUCAACUUGUAGGAAAAACAUUAUAGAUGGGUAAAAUGGGAAAGGACUACUACAGCAUUCUGGGGAUUAAGAGAGACGCGUCUGAGGACGAGAUCAAGAAAGCGUACCGCAAACAAGCCUUAAAAUAUCAUCCGGAUAAAAACAAGUCACCGGACGCUGAAGAGAAAUUCAAGGAGAUCGCGGAAGCCUACGACGUCCUGAGUGAUCCGAAAAAGAAAGACGUUUAUGACAAAUUCGGGGAAGAAGGGCUGAAGGGCAGCCCUGGUGGAGGAGGUGGUGGGCCAAAUGGCCCUGGCUUUUCAUACACCUUCCAGGGUGACCCACACGCCAUGUUCACCGAGUUCUUUGGUGGGCGGAACCCUUUUGAGCAGUUCUUCGGCCGUGGCAUGGGUGGAGAAGAUAUGGAUGUGGAUGAGCCGUUCGCAAGCUUCGGCCUGGGUGGCAGGCGCCACUUUGGGAGGACGGAGAAAAAGCAGGAUCCACCAGUGACCCACGAGCUGAGAGUCAGCCUGGAGGAGGUGCUCAGUGGCUGCACCAAGAAAAUGAAAAUCUCACGACGCAGACUGAACCCAGACGGCUGCAGCACACGCACAGAGGAAAAGAUCCUCACGGUGGAGGUGAAGAAAGGCUGGAAAGAAGGAACCAAGAUUACUUUCCCUAAAGAGGGUGACCAGACACCAAAAAACAUUCCCGCCGACAUCAUAUUCAUUGUGAAGGACAAACCGCAUCCAGUGUUUAAGAGAGACGGAUCAAACCUCAUCUAUCCAGCAAAGAUCUCACUCAAAGAGGCUCUCUGUGGUUGCACAAUAAAGGCCCCUACUUUGGACAAGCGCUCCAUUUCCCUACCAAUGCAAGAUGUCAUCAUACGUCCUGGAAUGAAGCGGCACAUCCAGGGCGAAGGCCUACCGAUACCCAAGAGCCCCGAACGACGUGGAGAUUUAAUCGUUGAGUUUGAGGUGAAAUUUCCAGAGAGACUCACUCACGAUGCCAAGGAAACAAUUGCACGGGUUUUACCCUCAUAAUGUUUUUACACGAUUAUUGCACCCACUGACCGGAAGCUGUGGUGCAUGAAACUGUGAACUGAGUAAACUGCAAGACGGCGAGUCUCCUGGUUUACAGCAAGCAAAACUACAUGUACCGCUGGAGGAUAUUCCACGAAGAGAGCAGACCUGACGAGGCAGGCUUACUUCAACAGGCCUGGCUUGUUUCUCUUGAUUUCCUUUCUGUGAAGAAACUUUAACUUCACUUCACCGUGGCAACAUGUGCUUCUGGACAAGGUGGCUUAGGCUGAUGUUGAAGCUUAAUCGACACCUUGAGUUAUUUGGUGCUUUAAAUAGACUGAUGAUUGAUGACGUUACCCAUUUUCUGUCAGGUAGAUUCUAUGCCUUUAUUAAUACUCAGGAUAUUUCCUUUUUCAUCAUCCCUUGUAGCAUUUAAUAAACAAUCUCUGCUUCAUGGGGUAAAAGGGUUGGUCUAUCUUUGCUGUUUUUAGUCAGUGUUUUUGCUAUUUCUGAUUUCUGCAAUCGAUUAUCAGGGCCGUUUGUAUAUAUACUCAGUUGACAUGUAUAUACAGCUUCUCUGGAAUUAGCUUAAACAUGUUGCACUUGUUAGUGAAACUCCCUGAGGGUGGAGUCGCCUGUUUGUUUAAUCGAAUCAAGGCUGGAUUUUGAGCUUGCUUUGUGGAACAUCCUCCUGGUGUUGAGUUGCAUUAGGUUUAUGGUUCAUUAGGAACCGUUUUCUCUCUCUCUUUUCCCUCUGUAUACUCUUUCGCACUUUGGGAUUGUAAAUACUUUUGUAUAUUCGUUGAUGAGCUGAAAGUUUUAUUUUGAUUUACUUCGGACACACUGAACACAUUUUGAUACAGUACUGAGGUCAGAACUUUAACUUACACAGAUAUUCUCACUGUGACCGAUCGGGUUUGGGCUUCAAGACUGGACAUGAAAGGUUAAUUCAAAUGUUUGUGUCUAGUGCUCUUGUGUGAAAAUAUCAAAUCUGGUCAUGUAGUAAUAGAGGUAGAUAUCAGGUCAGAGUCUGAUGUGGAUACUCCAUAUUACAUUCACGCAUUAUAUCAUUUAUUUUUGUUUUGUGCAACACUGAAGUAACGGUGCAGGAAUAGCAGCUUGAACUGACCUCCUGGUGGUCCAGUGGCAGGCUCUCCUUGCCGCGGCCCGGGUUCGAUUCCUGGGCAGGGUGCUAACCCACCCACUGUAGUGUUAACUCUCAGUGCUGGGCCCAAGCCCUGAUUAAAUGGGAGGGUUGUGUCAAGAAGGGAACCCGAUGUAAAACCUGUGCCAAAUUAAAACAUGGACCAAAUGAUCCGCUGUGGCGGCCCCGAACAGGGAGCAACCGAAAAUACAACAACGACAGGAACAGCUUGCACUGUGUAAAUUUUAUGAACCUCACAGUUUGCCCAAAGAUAGAUAGUCAUUAAUGUUGCAUCUAAAAAUUGUUCGUAUAAUUGACAUUUGUAUAUAGGGCUUUAUAUCCAGACUUAUUAGAACAAAUGUGUGGGUUUAUUUUUUUACGUGUAUAUUGGAAAGCUGUAAGAGGGUGUGGUAAACUGGAACAUGUAAUCUAAACCUGUCAACUCCACCCAGUUUUUUUUUUGUUUUUUUUUGUUUUUUUUAGCCUUACAGCUUUUAGUGUAUGAAGUGCUUAACCCUGUGGGUGUGUGUUUCUGUCCAAUUCAUCCUGAGUGGAUCAUAAUGAAGCUCUAGCAAAAAUAAAGGACUUUUUUUUUUUUUUUUCUCAGCACCUGAGAAUGGUCAACUAUCAUGCAUGUAACCAUGCUUAUGAUGCUGUGUCAUAAAAA